ACUCACAACGACAGGUUGUUGACGGUCUGUUAUGAGGACGAGACGCGUGAUUCAAUUACAAAUAUUACGAGCUCUAUAAGACAUUAUGUAGGACUGAGCAUUUGUGCCGAACGGCAGCUAGCAGUAUGAUUGGAGACAUCGAGACUUCUGGAAAACAUCCAGAGAUCUAACAGAGGCUCCUGUGUUAUUUGGUUAGACACUAACAAACUUCAUUCUUUCCUAUUAUACUGGAGCAUUAAUUAUGUUUCUCUUCAGAACUUGGUCAACUGUAAGACUGGUCGCCGUUUUACUGAGUUUGGGGAUUCACCAGAGCAACUGGAAGGCAGUGGAAACGAUUCAUCCAGCAUGUGCUGUGGUGGCUGAGCAUAUGAAGGCUCGAGAGCAGUGCAUUCACACUCAAAGACAAGAGGCCCGCAACAGCAACAAUAUCACUGGAUGUCGUACUAAGUGGGAUGAAUUUUGGUGUUGGAACAAGGCAGAGGUCGGACAGGUUGUCAACGUCUCCUGUUAUGAAGUAUCUCAGUUCUUCGCGAUUAAUCGUGGUUUCAUAAUUAGGAAUUGCACCAAGGAUGGCUGGACAAAAAUCUACCCUUCCUAUGAGAAUGCUUGUGAGAUUGUGGAGGACGUGGAAUCAGAAACCGAGACUUCAUAUUAUUCCACUUUCAGGCAGGUGUACACUGCAGGUUACGCUACCUCUCUGAUUUCCCUCAUCUCUGCCAUCUUUGUGUUUACAGCCUUCAGGAAGUUCCACUGCACAAGAAACUACAUUCACAUCAAUCUCUUUGCCUCCUUCAUCCUGCGAGCCAGUGCGAUCUUCAUCAAAGAUGCAGUUCUCUUUGCCGAUGAGAAUCUGGACCACUGCUUCAUGUCAACAACCUCUUGCAAGGCGGCGGUAGCUUUCUUCCAGUUCAGUAUCCUGGCUAACUACUUCUGGCUGCUGGUGGAGGGGAUGUAUCUGCAGACUCUUCUAGCUCUAACCUUUGUCUCACAAAAGAAGUAUUUCUGGUGGUACAUACUUAUUGGCUGGGGUCUACCAGCAUUAAUACUGACCAUCUGGGUUCUAGCCAGGAAUUUUUUGGAUAACAGGGGGUGCUGGGAUGACACAGAUGUUGCUUACUUUUGGUGGAUUAUCAAAGGACCAAUCACAGUGUCUCUCCUGAUCAAUUUCUUCAUCUUCAUAAAUGUGAUCCGGAUUCUUGUGCAGAAGCUGAAGUCUCCAGGAAUGGGUGGCGGUGAUACCAACCACUUCAUGAGACUGGCCAAGUCUACCCUUUUCCUGAUCCCUCUGUUUGGCAUGCACUACAUGGUUUUUGCCUUCCUCCCAGAGAACACAGGAGAAAACGCUCGCCACUUUCUUGAACUUGGCCUGGGCCCCUUUCAGGGUUUUGUUGUGGCUCUGUUAUACUGUUUCCUCAAUGGAGAGGUACAAGCAGAACUGAAGAAGAGACUGUGGAAGUGGCAGACACAAAAUUAUUUGAGAUACAGUAAGAGGAGACGAACCCUCUUUACUGAGAGCAGCACAGUCACACAAAUCUCAGUUUUAGAGAAGCCCUUAACUGAGUCCCACAACAGUGUGUCAACCGUCUGAAAUCUUUGCAAUUCAUUUCAUUCCGUUUCUCUUCCUCUCUUUCUCUUUCUUGAAACCUCUUAACUGGUCCUUCAGCGAGGUUCACUGUCCUCUUUAACCCUUAUUAAACUCACCUGCCUGUAAUUUGUCAGUAAUCCUGAAGAUCUCGAUUGCCUGGUUUAGGUGUGUUUCUUUAAGGUUGGAGUUAAAGGACACAAAGGCCAGUUUUGAAGAACCCUGCUCUAAAAGAUUAAAUUCAUUGAAAAUGUUCAAGUUCAUGCAUUGUGAUAUAGUUAUAAAAUAGUUGCUAGGACAAUUCAAAGAUGUUCUUUAUUUCUACACAUUACUGAAACAAGCUUUCAACUUGAUGCUGAUAAGAAUUUACUCAUUACUAUUUAUUCAUAAUGCAGAAGCACAAAUCAUGUUGUUUGGUUUCAUUUAAAUUAGAUGCACUAUUUAGAGAAACUAAAGGGAGAGUUCACCCCUUUAAUCCGUCAAAAAAAGAGCAGCUUUUUUUAGCAAACGAUGAUCAUAAAACUGAUUUCUCCGUAAUUUGUGUUUGUCACUCCGUAGUAUGGUCUGCUUGGCUUGAAAGUUGAGAUUGCAUAGAUGUAUAGGUGUUGAACACAGCUAAUUGCCUUACAGUAAACAGAGACCUCAUUUUAGAUUCUCCACAUAAAAUAGCUAACAAUUAAAGGUAUUUUCAUAUUCAUAAAUGCAUAUUCAUAAUCUCUUAUUUUGUAAAUUGUGUUUCAAGGCAACAUAUUGCACAGUGCACUGGCCCUGUAUGUAUAAAGAAAUAUAACAUUUCUAUAGGGCAUCCAAAGUAUUUUUCUUAAAUAUUGGGUAUUUUCAAGAUAUUUUAUUCAUUAUAAACCAUGUUUAAAUGUUUCAAUAAAAAAAAAAAAAAAAUCAUUAGGAUUUAGUGAUAAUGAAAAUGUUUUAUUAGAAAAUGCAGGAAAACACAAUCAGUCUUAUACAAAGAGGCCUACUUGCAAAGAAGAUACAAAUAAUAUAGAUAAUUAAUCAUAUUAAUAUGAGUAUUUUGAGUAGUUAUGAGUAUUAUAAUGAAUAAUACUGUUUUGAAAAUGGCCUAUUUAAGAAUUAUUUUGCAGUGUACACAUCUGGAGCACUAGACUGUAAAGUUUCUUGUUUGGUAGAAAUGUUAUCUUGUUUUAUUGUUGCUAAAUGUGUUUGUAAAUAUAUGCUUGCUGUAGCCUAUAUAUUUUACUUGAUGUACUUGCCGACAUCAAGUAAAAUGUAUUUUUUAAAAUAUACACAGACAUUUGUGCUCUGUUAUUUGGUCUUUUAAUUUUAAAUAUAAAUUCAUAAAUUAUAAAUGAACUCAAAUUAACUUCUAUUUUCAUGAAUAAUAAUUCUAACAUUGAUUUGGGAGGCACACAUCAGUAUUGAUAUAUUUUAACAGGUGAAAAGAUUGCUCAUAUGACUCAGUUGAGUCUGACUGAACUGAUUCUAUACGCUUUUUGCAUAUUUUUGGAUAGAAUAUAAGUGGAUAGAAUAUGAAUUCAGGACCAUGAAUUCGAAAUCAUUCAGUUGCAAAAGACUGUGAACUUUCUGAUAUAUGGUAACUUACAGCAUAUGCUAAAAUUUAUUUAUUCUCUAUUUGUUUUUAAUGUUGUCUUGUGUAUUGUCUUGUUCAGCUUGUGAAAAUGUUACCCAUUCAGAUAACUUCUGUUGUCUUGAUUGUGUAAGCGUUGUUGCUACAUUCACCAACCUGCCUUAAUGUCUUCAGAUGUGCAUUAGCUUUGUUGAAUGUUAAAUGUAUGGAGUAAAUAUUUUUAUUAUGUGCUUUGUGAUGUUGUAUUAUUAUGGUAUAUAUGUAAAUGCACAUACUCUUACUGUAUUUUGUAUUUUUCCACAAAGUUGACGUUAUUUAUAAACUUACAUAAUCAUCUGCAGUUUUACUGCCUUUAACAAUAUUAUGUCCUAAUACAAAAAGAUUAUUAGAAAAGUUCAACUUCAGAUUCAGUUGUCAAAAACAUUUAAUGAUGUUUCAAAAUGAAGUCUAUAAUGUGCAAAAAGAUUUAUCAUACAUCCAACAAAAAAUAAUUUCACAUCACAGUCAGUGACAUAAAAUAUGCACAAAGAAAAAAAUAAAAUAAAAAGCCAGCAACUCUCCACAAAAGCAAGUUUAGCUGCAGUUAACAUCAUCUAGAACAUUCAAAUGAAUCUAGUCAUUACAAGUCUGUCAAACCACUGUAUUCUAAAUACUAUAUUCUUGUUUUUUUUGUGAUAUGUUAGUUUAAAAUCAGAAACAAAGUUUCAACAUGUAGUUUGCAUGAGGUGACAUUAAGUGUAUCCACACAUCCAAAAAAAAAAAAAAAGAUUCUUCAAUAAAGCAACGUUUCAUAUAUUACAUCUAAAGCCAUAGCUUAUUCUAUACAGUAUUAGUUAUGAUACAUUUUCACUUACAGGGAAAAUUUCACAUGUAAUUUCUAUCUUGUGAAAUAUAAAACAUCACACAUCUUCAUCUCCAUACCCGUGUAACGCUGACAGUUUAAUUCCCUUCCCAUCAGCCCAUGUUUCUGUAUAUUCAGCAGUUGAAAUGUGCAGUGGUGAUUGCAGGCUCAUGUGCUGAAAGUUCAGUCAUUUCUAUUGAAUGUUGUAUGAGGUAUAAAAUGUGCAGGUUUUUAGUUCUGGGUAAGUUUGUGUGUAGAAUCUGUGGCAGCACUGCAAUCCCACUACUUUGAAUGAGAGGUAAUAGAGAGGUGUUUGUUAGACCAAAAUAUCUCUUAUUUUGAUCAUUUAAAAUGUUCUCAACCUACAAAAAGCUCUGUAAUAAUUCCCGGGAUAUAAUAAAAACAGUUUUCAAGAAAGUGCACAUGCUUGUUGGCCCUAUGGGUAAUACUCACUUAUUUUUGUCACUGUGGUAUUUUCUCGUUAAACAACAACUAUAUUGCUGUACAUCAAUAUAAUAAGCCACCCACUUUCUUUGUGUGCUUUUGUGCCCAACAGAUCACAGGAAAUGCAUGCAUUGUUUAAGAGGAAUAGCCAGUGAUGCUGAGAACUACACAUUUAAACAACGUUUUCACCAAGAGCUCUUAAAUCACAAUUCAAAUGAGUUAAAAUUCUCGUUUUUAAACUAAAACCCCAGCUUAGGAUGUGUGAAACGGCUGCAGUUACAUACUAGCUUUUGUGUUAUUUUGACAUUUACACUAAAAAGUAUUACGACUUGUUUCUCUGCACACAAUCUGUCCACAAUGUAUUGCUAAAGCUUGUCUACUCAGAGAGUAUCAUGAACGCACACUGACCGUGUCACUGAAUUAGAGACAGAUUUUACAAAGUAACAUAUCUUGAAAAUUGAAUAUACUGUACAGAAUAUUCAACAGUUAUCAGUCAGCUGUUUAUUACUCACUAAUCAUAAUUCUUUGUCAUAUGCUAACAUUACAUUUAUUGAAAUAAAAUUCAUUUUACAUCUUUAAAAGAUGAUAAGUGUCCUAAAUGGAUCAUAAUAACUGAGCCCACCUAGAUCAAAAUGACGUCAGGCUAGGAUUCACCCUCGCUUUUUUCUUUUUGUUUUUUUUUUCACUAUUGUACACACUAAACAUUCCACUUAAAGUCAAAUUAAAAUAUUCAAUAAUCACUCAAAAAAAAAAAAAAAUCUAUAAUACAGUGUAGUUUUACAUAAAUAAAUAUUGAUCAUAUAAAAACAUUUAAUUUUUUGACUGUGUGUGCAUCUUCACUUUGCAGUUAUCGUUUGAGAAACAAGGCAUUUGUUGAAAUAAUAUAAAUAUGAAAUAACGCUUCACAAAAGGAUAUAUAUACAAUAUAUAUAUAUAUAUAUAUAUAUAUAUAUACAUAUAAACUAAAUUGGGGAGAAAAACU